AUGCACGACGCCCACGAUGCCCACGCCGGCAUCAAGUACCCCAUGAGGCCGCACCACCAAUCGCACCUGUCGGGCACCGCCCGCUCCCAGAGCCAGAUCCAGAGCCAGCCCUCGGCCGCCGCCCAGCGCUACUCGCCCAUGGACACGCUGUCGCCAACCUCGCCCUACGCCUCGUCCAAGCCGCACUUCACCAGCUCGCCGUCGCAGCACACGCCGCCCAACGCCGGCGACUACUCGCAGAGCUCCUACUACGCUGCCCGUGGCCAGGGCCCGCCCCAGCUGCCGCCCAUUGCCUCCUACACCACCCUCGACGGCUACCCCUCGUCUGCCGUCGCCGCGCUCGACGGCGCCUUCAACGACGCAAAGGCCCCUCGCCGCCAGAACCCGCCCGCCAUGAGGACGGUGCCCGAGUUCAAGAAGAUCAAGUCGCCCAGCGAGCUGCAGCCCAAGAACACGCACCAGCCGCGCUUCAGGCGGGCAAACCCAGAGGGAGGCUUCAUCAGCCCUCUCCAAGCUUUGACAGCCCAUCUGCCUGCCACAUAUCGCAUCUGCAACCCGAGCUUCAAGUACGAGUCGUCGCGCAACCCUCGCCGAGUCCUGACAAAGCCCAGCAAGGGCACCAAGAACGAUGGCUACGACAACGAGGACAGCGAUUAUAUCCUCUACGUGAAUGACAUUCUGGGCUCCGAGGAAGCUGGCCACAAGAAUCGAUACCUUAUCCUCGAUGUGCUGGGCCAGGGCACCUUUGGCCAGGUCGUCAAAUGCCAGAACCUCAAGACGCAAGAGGUUGUUGCCGUCAAGGUCAUCAAGAACCGCACGGCUUACUUUAACCAGAGUAUGAUGGAAGUUUCUGUGCUUGAUCUGCUCAAUACAAAACUCGACAAAAACGACGACCACCAUCUUCUCCGUCUCAAAGAUACCUUUAUCCAUCGCCAGCAUCUGUGUCUCGUCUUCGAACUGCUCAGCGUCAACCUGUACGAGCUCAUCAAGCAGAACCAGUUCCGCGGCCUCAGCACCACUCUGGUCCGUGUCUUUGCCCAGCAGCUCCUCAAUGGCCUGGCGCUGCUCAACAAAGCUCGACUGAUCCAUUGCGAUCUGAAACCGGAAAAUAUUCUGCUAAAGAAUCUCGAGAGUCCCAUUAUCAAAAUCAUUGAUUUCGGAUCCGCCUGCGACGAGCGUCAGACCGUCUACACCUAUAUCCAAUCCAGAUUCUAUCGGUCACCCGAAGUGUUGCUGGGCUUACCUUACUCGUCUGCAAUUGACAUGUGGUCACUGGGCUGUAUCGUGGUCGAGCUGUUCUUGGGACUGCCCCUCUUCCCCGGAUCGUCCGAGUACAACCAAAUUGCUCGAAUCGUGGAGAUGCUUGGCAAUCCCCCUAACUGGAUGAUUGACAUGGGCAAGCAGGGCCUCGAAUUCUUUGAGAGGAGACAGGAUGAGUUUGGAAGGCGGACAUACCACAUGAAGAGCAUGGAGCAGUACUCGCGGGAGCACAACACCAAGGAGCAGCCUAGUAAGAAGUAUUUCCAGGCAAACACGCUCCCGGAGAUUAUCAAGUCGUAUCCCAUGCCUCGGAAGAAUAUGAAGCAGAGCGAGAUUGAUCGAGAGAUGAACAAUCGCAUUGCCUUCAUCGACUUCGUCAGGGGCCUUCUGAACAUUAACCCUCUAGAGCGGUGGUCACCACAGCAAGCAAAGCUACAUCCCUUCAUUACGCAGCAAAAGUACACUGGGCCUUUUGUCCCGCCGAUGAACCUCAAGUCGAGCUCUCUUAAUAGGUCGCCAGCUCCCGGAACUCAGCAGCAGCAGCAGGCCGAGGCCCUUAGCAAACAGCGAGCCGCACAGGCACAGGCCCAAGCCGCACAAGCCCAGGCACAGGCACAAGCCCAGGCACAGGCUCAGGCUCAAGCAGUACAGUCGCAGGUCAACUCGGCGCAGGGCGGAUAUGGGUCCCCAAUGGGUGGUGGUCAGUAUCCGCAGUCUGCCCAUGUGCCGGCUCCGCUAUAUUCCAACAGUGGCCUCUACAACCCCGGAGCUGCUCAUGGAAAUGUGCCCCCUCAAUACGGACAGCCACAGACUGCUCAGUACGGCCAGAUGGGCAUGCAACAGGCCCCUCAACAGCUGCCGUCAUCGCAAUACCCGAAUUCGGCGAAUCCCAACAUGUAUCAGCAGGGCGGCAUGAGGACAAACAGACAACGGGCUUCAACCAUGGAGCAACAGCAAAGCGGCAUCCCUCCGGCUCUGCAGCGGGUUGCGAGCCACCUUGACCCGAGCCAGCCCAUCCGGCUCCAGCCUAGUCCGGCAUACUAUCCUCCAACUGGCGAGGGAUUAGAAUCUGCGGCAGCGCGCGCCGGCCGACGAGGAAGCCGGAUUCAACAGGGCGGUCAACGAAGCAACAGGGACUUUAUUCGUAAUCUGGAAGAGCGGACUCUGGAAGAAGGUUUCAUGGGCAACCAGAACCCGUGGCAUUGAAGCCUUUGACCAUUUCACUUUUUGUCUUUUUUUUCCGGUCCGAAACGAAACAAGUCUGCUGUCUUCUGGCUGUGGUAGUUUGUGUCAAAUUUCAUGUCAUGGGUAUUGUUAGGAUUUAUGAUUGGGGCAUCAGACAAGCAGCAUCCGCCGCCGUUGGCCAUGUUGCACAUGGGAGAUUUAACCCCUUGAACGCAGCAUUUCCCCGCCUACCGCAUCGAUGGCCUGAAAGAAACGUCGUAACGAUAUUGAGAAAUAUGGUCAUGUAUGAACCAUUGGCGGCUUUUUGUGUUUACUAGUUUGUGGUUGCGGCGGAACAAUAAGGCCCGCUUUGUCGACAAAGGAUGUUUUAUUUUGAAAUUGCCCACUACCGAGCCUCAUAACCUUUUUGCCUGUGAUGUUGUUUCAACCACACACGAUUCCCUACGAUGCUACUACAUGAACUUGUGGAUAGGAUGGAUUUCAACGGAUCAGAGAAAAGGAAGUGCGCUUCCGCCUAUUCUAUGCAUCAGGUAGCUGGAGAUUGGUUCCUUUUCAGACGUAUAAGAUGGCAGCCCGUAACUGUUUCGCGUUUUUUGGGAGGGAUUAUGGAUGGAUGGCAGGGCAGUUGAGGUUUUCUAUGCGCCCCCCUUUUCCCUGUGGGAUCGAUUUUCUAUUUCCUCUACCUGUACGACUAUACUUCCUAUUCUGCAAUUGAUGUCUCAUUCUGUCUUGUUUCUCGUUUUCUCAUUAUUCUUUAUAUGUAUGUAUCUGCAAAAUCGAGACUGGCCUACUUUUUUGGUGUUUGUUUGUUUGUUUGACUGUUUCCAAGGCGGGUGGGAUAAAAGGGGGGGAGGGGGAAUAGGAAGCGUGGGAGAGAAAAAAGAAAUGGGGAUUUUUUUUUUUUUCAAAGGAUAGAGAGAAGGAGAGAGAGAGAGAGGCGAAAUUGCAUUUGGGGGGAGAUGUGAUUUUAUCAUGAGAUGAAUUGAAUUUGGGUUACCAGUAUGAUUAAGGUAGUUUUACUUUGCUUCUCUUUCUUGGGGUUGCUUAUUUGCUGGCCUUGUAUGAGAAGUGUCGAUGUGUUGUG